GUGGCCUGCGCAGCACCGGGAGUUUGUCUGGGCCUGGUGGGGAGAAGUCCUUCCGAGUGCUGCAAUGCAGGGCUCCGUGGUUCGGCGUACGCAGGAGUUGCUGGGGCGCGUGAUUCGAAAACCGCCCCUCACGGAGCGCCUUCUCAGCAAGCCCCCCUUCCGCUAUCUGCACGACGUAAUCGGGGAGAUAAUUAGAUCAACUGGUUUCAUGAAAGGAUUGUAUACAGAAGCAGAGAUGAAAUCUGAUAAUGUUAAGGAUAAAGAUGCAAAAAUCAUCUUUCUUCAGAAAGCAAUUGAUGUGGUCAUCAUGGUGACAGGAGAACACUUGGCAGUGAAGCCUGCACGUGUUGUUGCUGGACAUGAACCUGAAAGAACAAAUGAAUUUCUCCAAGCAAUUGCUAAAUGCUGUCUCAAUAAGCUUUCCAGUGAUGAAGCUGUUCAGAAAGUCCUUGCUGGGGAGAAAGCUAUUAAAGAAAAGACUCCAUCUUCCUCAAAAUCUCAAAACAGAGAAUCCAAAACAGAAGAAUGUAGAUACCAUAAAGAGGGAAGAGGUGACUCUGAAAUAAAAGACAGAAGCACAAGUCAAGACCAAAAACUCAAAGAAGAAUUAAAAGAGGAAGAAAGCAAGCAAAAAGAAAAUGAAAAAUAUAAGGAUUAUGAAAAUCAUCACAAGAAUCUUGAUAAAAAUGUUAAUGAAAGUGAAAAACAUGAAAAAGAGAGAAUCAAGAAUAGAUUGUCCAAACCAGGAAGAGAGGCAGAGAAAAUUCGAGACAAAGAAAAAGAAGGGGAAGGAGAAAAAGAAGAAUGUGAUAAAGAAAGGGACAGGGAAAGGAAACAAUGUGAGGGAGGAAGAGAAAAAGACAGAUUAAGAGAAAAAGACAAAACUAGGGACAGGGAUAAGGAACAUGAGAAAGUCCGAGACAGAGGCAAAGAAAAAGAAAAAGACAAAAGGAAGGAAAGAGGCAAAGAUAUAGAAACAACACGAGAAGAAAGAAAAGACAAAACAGAUAAAAAGCCCACAGGAUCUGAAGAGAAUGUUACUAAAAAACUGGCAGAAAGGUCUAUAAAAGAUCAAGCUGAGCUUGAUAAAGAAAAUGAAAAUUCUGCAAGAUUGUCAAGGCAGCAUGCAAUAAAAGGACCAAAACAGCGAAAUAAAACUUCAGGUGAAGGACGAAAAGAAACUAUUAAAAAUGUAUCUAGUGGUGAAAUUGAAGGAACAGCUAACCUAUUAAAAGAAAAUAUUGAGGGAAUUAGAACAGCACAGGAGUCAGGAAUAAAUGGAGCUAAUAUUACAGCUAGACUUGCAGAUGAAAAAUCAGCAACUAUAUUAUAUGGAAAAGCUGAAGCAGAGACCACUGUAAAACAGAGAGGUGAAUCAUUCAGUGAUGCAGAGGGAGACGUUCUGAACUCUGGUGCAAUGGAAAAAGUUUCUGAAAAUAAUGAAUUUACAAAUGAACUUCCAUCUCAAGUCACUCAAAGAAGGCUACCACGACCCAGCAGUGCACGACCAGCUCCACCCCGUAUAAAACGACAAGAAAGUACAGAGAUUUUAAUCCCAGAAAGAAAUGGCAGUGCCAAAAUAGUUUCAAAUGUUAUUAUAGACAAAGAAGAAGAAGAGGAUGACCAGUUUGUAGUGGAAGCAGAACAGCAGCUACCCGAAAUAACAGAAUUGACAAUGGAGGCAACAGUAGAGCUUGAAGGAGAUGAGAAACAUGGUAGUCUUGUCCAAAGAAUAUUGGAAGCAAAGAAAGAUUAUGAAUUAUCACAGUUGCCAAAAUCUGCUGAGAAGGAGAAGCCACUUUUGUCAGAAGCAGCAAAGAGAAAGGAAAAAGACUUAGUAACCAAAGAAAUAGAGAGAUUUCGUGGCUCCAUUCAGGCCCUUUGUCGGAGUGCUCUCCCUCUUGGAAAAAUCAUGGACUAUAUUCAGGAAGAUGUAGAUGCCAUGAGAAAUGAGCUUCAGACAUGGCAGAAUGAAAAUAAAGAACUUGAAGAGACCCUACAGAAGGAACAAGGUAUCACAGAUGGUGUUGUAGAACCCUUAAAAAUAGAACUUACUGAGUUGGAUCAAUUGAUCAAAGAUGAACAAGACAAGAUUUGUACUAAGAGGGCUAAUAUUUUGAGGAACAAUGAAAAAAUUCAGAAGAUGGUUCAUAUUAUCAACUCAAGAAGAUGAAUAGUGGAAGGCUGAAACAAUUACAUUUUUGCAAAUAAAACUUAUGUAUACAAUAGCUUAUACAAUUUCAAGUUAAUUUAUUUGAACAAUUGUGAAUGCUUUUCUUGGAAAAUACUUUUAGGUGUGAAAUUUUCCAAUUAAUUCAGUGUUUGUAGUUUAAAAAGUGCAAAACAUUCACUGUAUUUAAUCUGUUGUGGUUGGGUUUGCUGCUGCUUUAAUAUCAAUACCUCUAAUUAAACUUUGUACCCUUCUUUUCUGUAAA